CAGUUAUUGGCUUGACAGUGUUUACUCUUUAAUAAUUUAUCUAUUUUCCCUUCUGUCUUACAGAAUAUAUUUUAGCCAUGUGGCCCCAGUGAUUAAUUAUUCACUAUUCUUAUAAUCUAUGGGUAAGGUAUGGGUUACUGAAAAUCGACGGGGAGGCUCUUCUCCAAACUGAGGCUAAACAGGAAGUGAGACCAUUCACUCAUUGGUCAGACUAAUACAUGAUGAUGUCACCCUUAGAGACAGUUAAAGGGCGUUCACAUGUGUACAGAGCCACAGUGUACAAAAACUGACACACAAGUUGGCUCCUCAGACAGGAAGAAGGAGAUGAACUUCCUGUAAAUCAGUUUUCUCCCUAGGUUAAAAGAUUGCUCGUAUGAAGAAAAACAUCAGACCACCCCCCACCCCUGUCCCACACCUCAAGCCAAAUUUUCAAAUUGCGAUCCUCUUGGCCACACAGGGAGCUCAGCCACUUGCCUCUGUUGGGAGGUUACCAGGGGAGUCAGAUCUGCCAGUGAACCAGCCAAUCGCAACCACGCAGCAUAACCGCUGACCAACCGGGGGGCUGGGCUUGGAGCUUUGCAGCGGAGAAGCACCGGCAGAAUCAAGCAAGGAGCACACUAGAGGCGGAGAGAGAGCGCUAAAGCUGGUGGAGCACACUAAUCUCUCCACAGUGAUCAUGUGUCAGCGGAGCCUGAAGCAGCGGGGGCAGCACUGGAGCGGGGUGGGGAAAUGGUGAGAUGUUGCAGGGCUUUGCACAGACCGUCCUCUUGCUACAAUCUCCACAGAGUCAGGGUUGAUGCACGGCGCCUCCGGACGCUCGGCUCCUCCUCUUCCUCUUUCUCGCCGAGAACGGCAGGGGGGUCUGCAGGCGGCGUCAGCAACGCCAGCAGUGGAGGCCCUGGAGCCCCGGGGGCCGCCGUUCGGCUCAGCCACCAGAACCGCUUCAGGUUGCAGUUCCCACAGCUGGCCUUGCGGCGGCGCCUUGGCCAGCUGAACUGCAUGUCCCGGCCUACUGCCCGCCUGCGCUCAUGGCCGCUCUCCUUCCUCUACUACAUCUUGCCAUUUGGAGUGCUCAAGCCCCUCGCCAAGGUGGGCUGGCGGCCCACCAGCAGAGUUACCAUAUAUAAGUCCAUACCUACAAGGCUACUCUCCAGAGCUUGGGGUCGACUCAACCAAGUUGACCUUCCCACCUGGUUACGGAAGCCCAUUUAUAGCCUAUAUAUAUGGACAUUUGGGGUAAACAUGAAGGAGGCAGCUGUGGAGGACCUGCAGCAUUACAGGAACUUGGGCGAGUUCUUCAGACGCAAACUGAAACCGCAGGCCCGGCCUGUGUGUGACUCCCACUGCGUGAUUAGUCCAGCUGACGGGAAGAUCCUUCACUUUGGCCGGGUAAAGAACUGUGAGGUGGAGCAGGUAAAGGGCGUCACCUACUCCCUGGAGACCUUCCUUGGGCCGUUCACGUGGGCUGAGAAUUUAGCCAUCAACAGAAAUGAGGAUGACCCAAGCUCCUUCCAGGACCUGCUGGUCACAAAGGAGGGAAAUGCGCUGUUCCACUGCGUGGUGUAUCUGGCCCCUGGUGACUACCACUGCUUCCACUCUCCAGCUGAUUGGAGAGUCGCACAUAGACGCCACUUCCCUGGCUCUCUGAUGUCAGUGAACCCGGGUGUAGCACGAUGGAUUAAAGAACUCUUUUGUCAUAAUGAACGAGUGGUGUUGAGUGGGGAAUGGAUACAUGGUUUCUUUUCGCUAACGGCUGUUGGAGCUACCAAUGUUGGAUCCAUCCGCAUCUACUUCGAUAAGGAGCUGCAUACAAACAGCCCUCGCUACAAUAAAGGUUCGUAUAAUGACUUGAGCUAUGUGUCCAACAACAACCGAGAGGGUGUGUGCAUGCGCAAGGGCGAGCACCUGGGUGAGUUCAACUUGGGUUCCACUAUUGUGCUGCUGUUUGAAGCUCCACAGGACUUCACUUUCAGCCUCACAGCAGGUCAGAAGAUCCGCUUUGGAGAACCUCUCGGAACUAUGUAACGUGAGAAGAGUGGAUCUUGUCCAUGGACACACUAAUAUGUGUGCAAACUUAAGCAGGGUCUCAACGACUAACACACACGCACACCAAGGAACACACUCGCAUACAUGGAGAGUGGUUUCAUUUGUACUGACACAAACCACCGCUGUUGCAUUAUUAUGAUUGGAAUCCUCUUAUUUACUUCGGAGCAGUUUAUAACAGGUUUGCUUUUAUUGUAAGUCCUCUGUUAAAGACUAAAGUAAGACCAUCAACAUGUGACAAAAUGUCAAUGUUGUUUACCACAAAUUGCCAUUUUUUUUGCUCUAAAUUAUUUUUCUUUUUGUAGUUUUCUUUCCCCCCCCCCAUAUUGCCUUUUUUACCAGGAUGUGAUUUUUGGCGUAAACCAAGUAAACACUGACACUGACCAACACCUUUGCACACUGAGUUGCUUGCAGGCUUGAAUCACACCUGAAUACAAACACAGGCAUAAUGAAGGAAUGUAUAAAAUACCAUACCGUUCUUCACUUUUGCCACACUUUCUCUUCUCUUGCUCGCUCUUUCAUAUGGAACCUCUGUCUAGCUUUUGAUAUUAAACUAUUUUGAUAUUGAAUUAUGAUGGAGCUAGCCUGGACAGUGGAAUUACUGUUCUGGAAAGAUUUGAAAGAAUCACUGCCAUACUUUGCUUUGCAAGUUAGAUAUGCUGCCUUCAGGUUCUGGUUGUACUUCUAAUUGUCAGUCUUUUACUACCCUGCCAGAAUGGCACUAUAAUAUAAUGUGUUAAUAAUUGCACUGUAGUACAUUUCUCCACAUUCUAAACACAUUUCUAACACAAAUUAAUUUUCAUUAGGAUAAUGUUGGUUUAAUCGGUAGUGAAUUCAUGAAAAAAGCUGAACAAGAUGUGCUUACAGCAUGCAGAAAGUAACCCACGUUAUCUUUUUUGCUGAGUGCCAAGACAAGGUUUUUAUUUACAGUGUAGAGAAGCAGUUAUGCACAGUAUAAUGCUACUGUACUCUGGUGAAAUAGUACUAACUGAAGGUCUGAUUUUUGCUACUUAAAAGAUAAAACUUUCAUGAAAGGGUCAGGUUUUAGGUUGUGUACGAAGGACAUAGGGUCAGUUUCCAUAAUGGUGACUAAGAAGCUAGCUAAAGAUGGAAGGAGUUCCCAUACCUGCCCAAAAGGCACAGAUUUCAGACUUAUCCAAGCACAAAGGAGUUACUAGGUCUGGAUGUCACCUGCACCUGAGACAUUUUGUUUUUGUUAGUCUCUCCUCUAUUUCUUUAAUAUUCUCAGCAUUCAUCGACAUCAUACAAAUGAUUAUGAUGGUUACUAAAAACAACUAAGGAUUGUUUUCAAAUUCUGAAUACUUUUUGUUAACAUAUCCAGGGGCUUUGCUGUCCUGAAGGCUAUCUUGCCCCAUAUUAUUCUUCUCUCGAGUCUGCAGUAGUGCCAGUAAAUGCUACAUUUCUGUUGUUUUGUGUUUUGGUAUAAAUCUGAAACUUUGAUACCUAUGACUUCACUAUUGUUUUGGUGGGUUUGGGGUUCUAUUUUAGUGAUAAUCCAAUAGGAAGGAGUAUGGCUAUCCUCUUCUACUCUGAUCUAAUGGAAUUCCUCACUCCCUGCUUACUGGACCAUACAUAACAGAGAGAAGAAAAGAGUAUAACAGGUGGAGCCUUCACCAAAACAUCAAAACAGUGGAUAUUGCAAAAGCAGGCCUUCAGGUCUUCAGAGCUUCAUUUUUUUUAUGUAAUAUGUCAAUUGUAAGGUUGAAUCAUUUAACAUGGCAUUUUAACUACAGUAUAGUUGCAAAUGCAAGCUACAUCAUUAAUAAAUUUUGGAACAUUCUUUAAAAGAAGGUGUGGUGUCAACAUUUCUCUCUUGGAGCAGUCAUUAGAAAAAUCAAAAAGCUUUUCCCUUUACUACAAAAUAUACUAUAAUUCCUUCAACCUUUAAAACAAUAGCUUAAACUGGAAUGAAUUUUCAGUAGUAAAAACUUUGAUGUAAAUAACUUAAUUAGGGUAUACAUGUGUAAGUUUGCUAGCCAACAAGAUCAACCCUACAGCAUGCCUUUCAGAAUAGUUUUGUAUUUAGUGAGGGAAUAAAUUCAGCAGUCAUUCAUGAUUGCAAGAAAGCGCUACAUGAGUUCAUUGUAAAAACAAAGGGUAGUAUCUACAUAAAUACAGUUGAACUUAGGUUGUAGUGUUCUUAGGCCCUUUUUGAGCUGGAUUGGUUUUACCAGAGGAUGUCCGGUAAUGUAAGAAGUGCACAAUUUGCCUGGUCGAUUCAUACAGGAUAAAGGAUCUCUGUAAUUUCCCCCAAAUAGCUCGGAACAUCAUUGCACAGAUGUUUACCUUAAUUGAAGGUAGAAUGGGAAAAUUCGGACAAAAAGCUGGCGGAUAGGAAGCCCACUUCAGCUUUGUACGUUUUCUAUUAUCCAGUUUUGUUAUUACAUUAUCAAGAUGUCAAUUCAAGCAGGGCUGUUACUGAGGAGCUCUGAGAUUGGCUUAUUAUAGGAGGUAAUUCACUCUGGCAUUAUUACUUAGCAGACUUGUAAAAACUACAAGCAUGGCAGAUUCAUACUGGAUUCAAAUCAUGGAGCUUGUUGGUAAUGACUCAAAUUAGAGCAGGUCCCUAGGUAAAACUAAUCCCACUCAAAUACGGCUUUAGUCUCAAAGCAUCUGAGGUGCUGGUCCAGAGUAAAACAUGUCUCUUUUCUAGUCUUAACAACCAGGCUAGCAUUUAUACACACCAGUCAUCAUUUUCCCAGGAAAUGCAGAAAAUGCCGCACCCUUUUUCUUUCACUUCAAGAUCCUCAGUCCCAAACCGGUUCAGCUGCUGAUGUCAUUGUUACUGCCAACCUGCCGUCUUUCAGGUCAAACGCCACAUAUCACAGGGACUGAGUCAGCAAUGUUGUAGAGCUGCUUAUUGCAGAAACUUUUAUCUGACAUAACUAGACCCAUGUGAUCCAAGCACUGGUACUACCAAGCAUGGUCAGGGUAUGAAUGGCAAAAAAUGGUCAGCAUUCUUACUCUGAGACACUUCUAUAUAUGCAGGUUUUUGAAAGGUUCUUUCAAAAUGAAGUUGCGGGUGCAAAAAAAUGCGUACUGCCUUUCGUACUCAAGAUAUUAAAACAUGUUAAUCGAUUUUGUGUAUCUAGAAUGAUAAUCUAGUCUAGGAUGUUUUUUUUUGUUGUUGUUUGUUUUUCUCAAUUGCAGUGCCGUUCAGGUCCGUGAGUAGACGUUUUGUUAAAAUAUUUUUACUACUACUUUACUACUAGCAUAUUUUUAAUGUAUCUACUUCCCAUGAAUAAGAUGUCACCACAUAUUUGACAGCUUUUUGCCUUUCAGAAAGAAAGAAUGUGCUCUUGUUCUGUCUCCCCAGCCUGCUCUGUGCAAGGCAGAUUUGUAGGGUGUGGUCAGCCUGAAACUUAUAACCUCACCCUGUACAAAAGACUACAAUGAUCCGGAGACCUAAAAGAUGAACAACAGUGGCCUUAACCAAAUGCCAUCUCACAUACCUAACAAACCAGAACUAGGAAGGUGUUUGAAUUUAAAUACUGCCUUGAGUCAAGCAUGUUGAAACUGUGCAAGAAAGCAGGAUGACUGCAUGGCACCAAAACAAACAAAAGCAAUCAUGGUUUCUAGACAUCACAGAUGCCAAACUUUGUCGUCACUUACACAAUACCAGAGUACACUGUACCAGGCGCAAAGCAGUUGGACAAUAGCGAUCAAGUACUUCAGUGCAAAGGCUAUCUUUCUCAAAUAUGUAGUACAGUAGAAACACUGUUUGCAAAGCUAAUCCAUUUGUAAUUAUUUUAUGCAGUGACUUCAAUAAGGGCAAAGGAGCAUGCAGUGUGUUGAAGUUAGUCUGUGCUGGACAAGUGUCCAAAGGUUACCACUAAUAAGGUGUCCAGUUUAAAAAAUGGGGUUCCUGGAAAACCUUCUUGGCUGUCAAAUGUUCAGCUAGUAGAACCACUGGAUGGAGUCGCUCUAGAAGACUUAGCCCAUUCUGUUUCUUUCUCUCUGCGAUUGUAAAUCCAGGGUCUUCAUGGGGCAGGCUGGCUCUCACAUCUUCCUCCGGCAGCGACAGCAGCAGGAAUAGCAGCGGCCCACUUGCUCUUCAUCCUCCUUCACAGUAUAGGUGCCCUGGCUGUUAUAUGGAGGUGGACGCUGAUUGUCAUCUCUCACCUCUCCAUAGACAGACACACCAGCUGAAGUCUCCUCUCCUUGGGGUUUGAAGUUCCCAUAAGGGUUUUGAGCAGAGCUACCAUUGUAGGAGCUUUCCAGGGUCAUAGGGUUGAUGAUGACCAUGCUGGAGUCUCCAUAUUCACGCAGCUUAGCACGGGGAAUGGUGACAUUGCCAUAAGGGUUGUCCAAAGAAAGAUUCAUGAUGUCAAGGUUUGUCAGUCCAAAGCUAACUAAGGGUAACCUUCUAUGGCCUAGGACAGUAGAAGAUUAGGCAUGAAGCUUUACUAUCAACAGUGAGACUGACACGAUGUUCCUGAUUGGCUUGAUACCUAUGGAAAUACAGUAGAGCUUACCAAAGAUGAUUGUUUAGGAAUGUACUGUAAUGCAAAUAUCAGGUUUUUACACAACAAAAUGUAAUUCUUUCUAUCAUUAAAGCACAAGGAAAUUCUUUAUGUAGGAGUAGCAGGAAUGGGAGGAUCAUGUGCAUUAUGACUGUAACAAGCUCAUCUACACUAUUAAAAAUAAAGGUGCCAAAAUAA